GGGCGUCCCGGGGGCGGUCCGGCUGCGCCGGCGAUGGCGCAUAAAACCGCCGGCCACCUGCCGGGCCGCUCCUCCGUGCGCCGCGGUCUGGGCCCCGCCGUGCCGCUGUGGCCCGCCUGCCCUAGCGUCGCCGCCUGUGUCGCCUGUGUCUCGGUCCCCGUCCCCCCAGGCGCGGAGCCACGCGAGGGCCGGGCGGGAGCCAGGGCGCGCAGACAUGGGCAGCCGCGCCAGAGCGCGCCGGGCGGUCGCGGUGCUGGGCUUCGCUGGGCUGCUGUGCGCCGUGCUGGGAGCCGUCAUGAUCGUGGUGGUGCCCACGCUCAUCAGGCAGCAGGUCCUCAAGAAUGUGCGCAUCGACCCCAGUAGCCUGUCCUUCAACAUGUGGAAGGAGAUCCCCGUCCCCUUCUACCUGUCCAUCUACUUCUUCGACAUCGUCAACCCCGAUGCCAUCCUCCUGGGGGAGAAGCCGCAGGUGCGGGAGCGCGGGCCCUACGUGUACAGGGAGUUCAGGCACAAGAGCAACAUCACCUUCAAUGACAAUGACACGGUGUCAUUCCUCGAGUAUCGCAGCUUCCAGUUCCAGCCCGACAGGUCCCAUGGCCUGGAGAGCGACUAUAUUGUCAUGCCUAACAUCCUGGUCUUGGCCGCAGCGAUGAUGAUGGAGAAUAAACCCAUGAGCAUGAAGCUGAUCAUGACCUUGGCGUUCAGCACGCUGGGGGAGCGUGCCUUCAUGAACCGCACUGUAAGCGAGAUCAUGUGGGGUUAUGACGACCCCCUCGUACACCUCAUCAACAAGUACCUCCCAAACGUGUUUCCCUUCAAGGGCAAGUUUGGGCUAUUUGCAGAGCUCAACAACUCCGAUUCAGGGCUCUUCACUGUGUUCACGGGGGUCAAAGACUUCAGCAGGAUCCACCUCGUGGACAAGUGGAACGGACUCAGCAAGGUCAGCUUCUGGCAUUCUGAUCAGUGCAACAUGAUCAACGGGACCUCGGGACAGAUGUGGGCGCCGUUCAUGACUCCGGAUACCUCUCUGCAAUUCUACAGCCCCGAGGCUUGCCGGUCCAUGAACCUGGUCUACAAGGAGUCAGGGAUGUUUGAAGGCAUCCCCACCUAUCGCUUCGUGGCCCCCAGCACCCUGUUUGCCAAUGGCUCUGUCUACGCGCCCAACGAGGGCUUCUGCCCGUGCCUGGAGUCCGGAAUUCAGAACAUCAGCACCUGCAGAUUUAACGCGCCCUUGUUUCUGUCCCACCCUCACUUCUACAACGCCGACCCGGUGCUGGCCGAGGCAGUGUUGGGCCUCCAUCCCAACCAGGAGGAGCAUUCCUUAUUCCUGGAUGUCCAUCCGGUCACCGGGAUUCCCAUGAACUGCUCCGUGAAAUUACAGCUGAGCCUGUAUAUCAAGGCAAUCAAAGGCAUCGGGGUCCUGGAGAUGCCACGAGCCAGCCCAGCACGGCCGCUCAGCCAGACCGGCUCCCCGGCCCCUGUACCCCGCUUCUUCAGGACUCUCUUAGCGGACAGCCCACCAGUCCUAAAGUCUGAGCCCCCCCAGUUGCCACACACGUGUCCACACACUGCACACCCCCUAGCACGUGUACACGCACGCGUGCACAGACGUGUGCAGGCACACUCAGGGAUGGAGCUGCUGCUGAGGAGACCCGGAGAGCUGGUCAACGAGGACUGUCUGGAACCUUCCGUCCAAGUGACCCGCAGUGCCGUGGGCACUGGGUCCCCUCCCUUGAGAGAGCCCAGUCUGACCUGCUCAUCCAGGGGGCCCCCGGCGCCUGCUGCCUCCUCCCCACCAGCGCCCUCUCCCCCAGUCACGAAACACUGCAGUCCCCGCUUGUUGGCUAAGCCACACGGGACAGGCCUUUUACUCUGAGGGGCCGGCUACUGUCCCCAAACCCAGCCUGGGAACACAGACUUCUCAUGCCAAAGCCGUAUGGGCAGGGGGCUGCCCAGUCCUGCCCAGACCCGGAGCUUUGGCCCUCAUCCAUCCAUCUGGGCUGGGGGCGCCCGAGGCCCUUUCACACAGGCCUCAGUAAACAUGUGAGCUCAAGAUGCGUCUCAAGGCUGCUCCAACUGUCUCCUCAUUCCCCAAGCAGACGUUGAUCUCCCUGAAGUCCGCACGGGUGGGGACCAGACUUGGGUGCCUGGGGCCCCCUUCCUCCAGCCUAAACUGACGUCUUCCUGUAUACUGAGCCGGCCACUCCCCGCUGCGGGUGGUGGGACGCUCCGCCCCAAGCUGCCCCCCGCGAGGGCCCUCGGCUCUUAGGUGCUGGGGCAGAGGUGCGGAAGCCUAGCCCCAUCAGUCCGGGGGUCCAGUCUGGUCGGGUGGGAGACCCAUCCACCCGCGACUCCCGCUCUGGGGCAAGCCUCAGCCUCUUUUCUACUGCAACAGAAGUGAAAUUUAUCAUCUUUUAAAAGUAAUUCACUAUUGAAGUAAUAAACCUUUUUUAAAAGUUAAA